AAAUUUGGUUAAGCUGUGUAACCGCUUCGCCGAUCAAUAAAUGAAUUGAACAGUUUUCUUUUUGUUUUGCUCUUCUGAUGUGCUUUAAUUUCAAUUUUUAAUUAAUUUCAGCUUGAUUGUGAUAUUUUAUCAAUUUGACAUCACUUUAAUUAAUGACUCAAUGGUAAUAUUCAACCAUCGUUAACUCUAGAAAAUGUGCUUUUAUUUGUUUUGGUUCAUCAAAGGUCUUCUUUAAUUACUCUUAUGCUUCCUCUAUUGCAAUAUUAGUCGUCUGUCACUCCUUUUCCUAAAAUCAUUAAACUUCUGUGUGCCAAUUAUUCAAUGAUUGACUUGCUGGUUUGGAUUUACUCGAGAUUUACUUGAGAUUUACCGUUUAAACUAUAGAUCUACGCAUUGGUUAAAAGACUAUGAAUAUUGGCCGAUAAAACAACUGACCUGACAAGAUGAUAAAUAGCUUCAAUCAAUCGACUAUGUCAUUUGAAUCAAGCAUCUCUCAGAGGGGAGAUGAUGAACUUGACACCUGCUCGAUAAUUAGUUUUGGAUCCCACCGGUCAAAUAAUAAGGCCAGUUCUGCUUAUAAAAACCAGCAACAAUUGGAGGUCAAAGUGGAGACAGUUUAUUCGCUUCUCUUUAUGUUAACAUGUAAUAACAUCAAGGAAGAGAUGUGUAACAAGUUUUAUUCAAUGUCGCUGGACAAAAGGAUCUCAUUGGAAAUGCGAAGUCAUGGAUGUAUUCCUUUAUUGAUUCAAUUGAUUCAUCCAAUUGGAGAAGAUACAAGGUACCAUGAUGAAGAUAGAGUUGACUGUUUUGCCGAUAAUCUUGAUAGUGACAGAGAGAAUAAUGGUGAUUUUGAUUAUGAUGAUAAUGACGGUUGCAAUGGUUUUCAUUUCGGUUCCAGAUCAAGAAACCCAGGAGAAGAAAAUCUUAAAGAAUUGGAAAUACGAAAUAAAGCUGCAAUUGCUCUGAGAAAUAUUGUAAAAUACAGUGAAGACACCAAAGCCGGUAAAAAGGAAAUAAAAGUGCUUCAACUUCUGGAGGAAAUUCGAGGGUUUUGUGACAAAUUUAAACGUGGUAAAGGAGAUUUAAGUAUUUCUAUGGAUCAUCCAAGUGAAGCAACAUCUCAUUUAAUGAAAAUUUCAUUUGAUGAGGAACAUCGAGUCGCUAUUUGUCUUCUUGGUGGACUCCAUGCAAUCGCUGAAUUAAUAUUUUUUGAUACUAAAUAUCAUGGAAACACAACAUCACCGCAAUGCAUUACUGUGAGACGUUAUGCUUUCAUGGCUUUAACCAAUCUUACAUUUGGUGAUGGAACCAAUAAAUCAAUUUUAUGUUCCAAUAAAUUAUUUAUUAGAAGUCUCAUUGAACAAUUGUAUUCGCCAUCAGAAGAGCUUCGUCAAGUGACGGCUUCAGUUUUAAGAAAUUUAUCCUGGAAAGCAGAUGAUCAAGGAAAAGACACUCUCCGAGAAAUGGGUGCAGUUCGUAUGCUCAUGAGAGCUGCUCUUGAAGCAAGGAAAGAAUCUACUCUCAAAUCAAUUUUAACAGCUCUUUGGAAUCUGUCAGCACAUUCAACAACGAACAAAGCAGAGAUUUGUGCCGUUGAAGGUGCUCUUAAAUUUUUGGUAUCAACUUUGAAUUACCAAUCACCCAACAAUACCAUGGUAAUAAUUGAGAAUGGUGGUGGAAUACUGAGAAAUGUUUCAAGUUACAUUGCUCGGCAUGAGCAUUUACGAACAAUCCUUCGAGAGUUUGAUACUCUUUUCAUUCUCUUAGAACAGCUCAAAUCACCUUCUUUAACGAUUGUCUCUAAUGCUUGUGCUACCCUUUGGAACCUUUCCGCUCGCUGUCUUCAAGAUCAAUUGAAACUCGUUGAAUUGGGUGCCAUUCCCAUGCUGCGAAAUCUUGUCAACUCAAAGCACAAGAUGAUCUCAAUGGGUUCAGCAGCAGCUUUGAAAAAUCUUUCCUCGGUGAAAAAUUUUCAUGAAGCUGAUUCAAGCUGUUCCUCGUCCUCACGAAACUCGUCUUGUUCACCUAAUACAACCAGCACUCCUACCCUUCUUGCUCGUAAAACAAAUAACUUUCGACCAGAAUUGGAUGACAGUUUGUCCGAAACUUGUGAUAACCUUGAAUCUCCUAAAUCAAGUCCUGCUCAUGUUCGUCGAUUUCAACCUCCACCACCAAUAUCCAGAUAUGAUUUGCCCGAUCGAAUGUACACUUCAUUCACUGUUCCCACCUUAUCAAAUCCCUAUCCUUACAUGUCCAAAUCAUCAAGUAAGGAUAGUCUUGGAAGCACACAUUCAGAACCAGUUUAUUAUCCAUUCAAUCAAACUCACAAUUUACCCAAUAAUAACGGCCAAAUUCAACUUGCACCAACUCUUUCUCGCUCAUCAUCUCAUGGUUUUAAUCCUCCUUUGCCUCCAGUCUCACAAAAUAUAUCAUCUUUCUCCAACGACUUGAGUCAUCUUUUCCAUGCAUAUCCAAUCAAGGUAGCUGGUGAUAACUGGGAAAAAAAUCAACCUUCAACUCUAGUGAGAACCAACUCUGAUUCAUUUGAUAAAACAAUAUUGGAAAAUGCUCAGCGUAAUGUUGAAAGUCUUUUAUCUUCACAAAAAGGACAGUUAUUCACUUCAUGCUUAAACUCACUUCAAUCAGGAGUCAAAAGUGCAAGUGAUGACAAUGUAACUCUAGCUACAAAAGAUUCACCAAAUGAGCAACCAAGACGUAAACUAAGCGUUGAUGGCUCAGAAAGCGAAAUUGUUAAACAAGCUUCAGACUGUGAAGGACUAGAUAAGCUUACGAAGUCGAUAUCUGAGGGUAGAUCCCUCAAUAGACUUACCUACACUUGUUCAAGACCCACCAAUAAACCUACCGAAUUUAAAUCGCCAUGCAAUCUGAUUGAACUUCCAUCUAUAAACUCUAAAAAGGUUAAAAGUGAAAUAAUUGAAGAGGAAAAUGAAGAAAUUUUGAAGAAAGAAGAAACGGUGACAAAAAGUUCAGAUGAUAAUGAAUUAAUUACUAAUCCAGCUCAAAACAUUUCCAUCAUUUCUCAAAAUCAAUCGAUUAGUUUUGGUGACAAUUGUAUUACCUCAACAGAUGUAACGCCGUUAAUGUUUUCAAGAACAAGUUCACUUGGUUCAAUUUCGGGCUUAGAAGCAAAAUCAAAUGCUACUUCGCAAUCAUCUGUUCGCUCUGAAUUCAGUAAAAUUGCCAGUGGCCCUGUUUCACCAACAGAUUUACCGGAUUCACCUACUCAGACAGAAUCUUUAACAUGUUUGUUAAACGGUUAUCCUGAUGACAAAAUUCAAACAAAUGUGCAAUCAUUUCAACCAUUUGAUUUAAAAGCUGUUGAAAAAAUCCAUUGUUUUGGUGCAAAAUCGUCUGAAGAGCAUUUAAAAUCAAAUCAAGAGAAAAUUUCCGGACUUAUUUCUACUCAAAUUAAUGAAUCUAUUUGCACAAAAGUUGAAAAAGCUACUCAAAUCAUUAAUCAAGUCCAAGAAGCUUGUAACCGUGGGAUCGCUGAGAACAACAUGGAUUCAAUGAAAGGAAGCAACAGCAAUGAUAUUCUUAGUCAACCAAUUGCUCAUGAAUCCAUCUCAUUGUAUUCACUUGAAUCUAGCGACAUCAACAGUAUUAAACCUCCUUCAUGUAUUGAUGAGGCUUCAUUAAGCUUGGAAUCAUCCAAUUUCCAAUCCAUGGAGUUCACUACCAAACCUGCUCCUCCAAAAGUUGUUUCAACCAUUUUAUCUGCCCAAGCUCGUAAAAAUGGUAACAUUGAAGGACUUUUAGAAAGCACUAAUCCACCCUCUGAUAUGGAUGCCAUCUCUGGCCUUUCGAGUAGCUGUGGAUCUAUAAACUCUAUAGAUUCUGAAUUAAAUGAUUUGACCUUUCCUGUGGUAAAAGAGUUUGAUUUGGAAGCAACAAAGUUGAUUGCUAAACAAACCCAAGACAUUAUUCAAUUGACAGAAUCACAUAAUGAUCCAUCAAACGUUCCUCCUAAACCAACUUUACAACGAACUGAUACCUUCAAUUGUGAUGGACAAAAUGAAUCCGAAGAUGAUUCUAAGGCAACCUAUGUUUGUUCCCCUCGAAAAGCACGGAUUGUUAAACCAGUUCUUCGAAUUCAACCUUCAAAUAAUCAAAACAAUAAUGAUCAUGGCAAUUCUUUUAUAAGACGAUUUAACAGCUCAUCAUCAUCUUCAUCAUCCACAGUCAAUCACUCAUCAAACGACUCGAUUGUCACCAAAAAUAAAUCUAUAGUCAUCAAAAGAACUAAGACAACAACUCUUCGUGCUAAUCGAUCAAAAUCAACACAUGAAGUUCAAAAUGAGAAUAGUAACACUGGACAUAGCACUUCUGUUCCAACAACACCGGUUAAAAAGGCAUCUUCCAAUGGCAACUUUUCCUCGAAAACUUUUGUGGUCCGUAAAAGAGUUGGUAACAUUCCAGGUGGAACUUCAGAAAAUGAUAAUUGUAGUAAUAUUAAUACCAUUAACGCAAGUGGAAUUAAAAAUCGUUCAGUUUCAACAAAUAAAAUGUGCAAUUCGGCUUCCAUCCAUAAUAUUGAUAAAAUGAAUGGAAAUUUUCAAUCAUCUGUAUUAUCUGGUCAUAACAAUUCAUCCACAAUCUCAUCUUUGAACAAAAAGACUCCAGUCCAGAGUAAAAUUGCUUCCCUUUGGAAACGCUCUCAUCCAGAGAAAGAAAACGUUACAACUCAAGGUUAUGUUCCUCCAAAAGGUGACAACAGUUCUAACCUGGUUAAAUCAAACAAGGCAACUGGAACUGGUAAAACGAUACCAACUUCAUCUACAACAAUAACGUCGCCCUCAAAUUCAACUGCUAAUAAUUCAUCACCGGCAACAGUAACUUUAACUCGGAGUUCAACUUAUGAGAAGCUUCCCACAUCGCCCAGUGAAGCUAUUAAGAUGCAAUCUAAUUUACCACCUUCACGAAAAGAAACCAAAGAGAUGCCUAGUCGUGUACCUUUGACCAAAAAUCGAAUAAGACCAGCUCAAGAUCAAAUAACAGCUACUUUAAAGCAAUCAAAAAUUGUGCGAUUAGAGAAGCGAAAAGCAUCACUGGUAAAUUGAUUGUAAUCAACAAUUUAAGAGGAAAUUGUCAAAACAAUGCGGAAUUAUGACUAAUUUUCAGAUAAAUGUCCAUUGAAUGUGCAAAGUAAAUUAUUGUAGAGUAUGAAGCAGUUUGUUUUUAUACCAUUUUGUGAUGCUAACCAAAGCUAACCAGCAGAAAUGGCAGUUGAAGGUUACUUUGAAAUCUUCUGAUUACUUUAAUGUCAACUGUCAUCACUAGUCAGUGUAUAUCAAUUGUAAUCACCUGAAACAUGAAAAAGAACCUCCAAUACUCAUUAAAUACCUUCUGAUUACA